AUGAGUCGAUUUUCCCCCUUGACCAAUUUGUCAGAGUAUAAGGGGCAGUCCGCCCUGCGCAGCUCAUGCGCCAUUUCCUACUUCAUCACAGCACGACAAAAGGAUUUUCGCCGUCGACAAGAUUAA